AUGGCGCAGCUGCAGGGCCUCGAGGAGGAGCAGUGCGAGCUGGUGGUCCUGGGCGCGGGCCUUGCGGGCCUGCAUGUGGUGUCGAGGCUGCCGGAAAAGCUGCUCGAGAGAACCGUGGUGGUGGACAGCACCGGAAUCUGGCUGGCGCGCUGGUCGGCACGGCAUGAGCGGCUGGGCUCUCCUCUGCUCCGCACGCCCGUCACGCAGCACCCGCAUGCCAGCCCGCUGGCCCUGCAGGCCUAUGCAGUCAAGCACGGGCGCCAGCAGGAGCUGGUGCCUGUUGUCAAAGGCUUUGCGCCGGUGCCCUCCCUGCCACUCUUCCUCGACUUCUGCCACGCCAAAGUGAUUGGCCGGCUGCCGCCGGCGCUGCGCACGCCGCGGCGGGACACCGUGCUUCGCAUCGAGGCGGUGGAGGGGGCAGGCUGCCGGGUGCACCUGGCAAGCGGCCGGCUGCUGGCGGCCCGCGCCGUCGUCUACACGCCAGCCAACCGCCGCGCCGUCGUGCCAGCCUGGGCGCGCCAGCUGGCGGAGCCUCCCCAGCCGUGCACGCCUCCAGCCGACCCAUGCGUGCCUGCAGAGCCAGACGUGGAGGGCGCCUGUGGCGCCUCUGGCCGUGCGGAGGCAAAGCAGGGUGUGGGUGUGGAGCAGCAGGCGCGGCUGCCAGCUGGCAUCGCCACGUCAGACGCCGUGCAGCUGCGCGACGCUGAGCUGGAGGGGCGCCGCGUGGUGGUGGUGGGCGGCGGCAUGGCUGCGGGGCUGCUGGCCGCCGGGGCGGCGGAGCGGGGCGCCGACGUGGCACUCGUGUGCCGCAGGCCCCUCAAGCCGCAGCCGUUUGACACGGAGGUGGGGUGGUGGGGCGCCAAGGAGCUGAACGGGUACCGCCAGGUGGAAAGCGCGGCGCAGCGCAUCCGCGCCUGCCAACGCGCCCGCAGGCAGGGCUCCGUGCACCUGCCGCUGUGGCGGCGCCUGACGCAGCAGGCGGCGGCCGGCAGGCUGACGGUGCUGGAGGGCUGGGAGGUGGCGGCGGCAGAACCAGCGCAGGAGCGUCCCGAGGAGCAGCAGCAGGCGCAGCGGGAGGCGCCAGAGGCGUUUGCCGGCGCCAGCUGGCUGCUCACCCUCAAGCCCUAUGCGCCAGCCCAGCAGCCGCAGCGGCCGACCGCUGGGCCCUCCCUCUUCCAGCAGGCCGUGGCCGCCACGGUCGCGGCGGCGGCGGCGGCGGCGGCGGCGGCGGCAGCAGAAGGGGCCGCGGCCGGCGCCGCGGCCGCGCAGCCGCCGCUUGCCGCGCAGCGGCCUGCCGAGGGGGCGCGGGAGCGGCACCUGAGCGCCCAGCUCGUGUGGCUGGCAUGCGGCAGCGCCUACAACGCCGCCGCCGACCCGGUCCUGAGUCAGCUGGCCCAGCAGCGCCCCACCGCCAUCACAGGCGGCUAUGCCUGGCUGGACGAUGAGCACCUGUGCUGGCCGGGGGCGGGGGUUUACCUGGCGGGGAGGGGCAGCCUGCUGACCGUGGGGCCCUCUGCAGGCGACCUGCCCGGGAUGCGCAUGGCGGCAGACAGAAUCGCUGCCUCGCUGCAGCAGCUCAACUUUGCGGACGCGCCCGUCUGGGAGGCUGCCCAGCAGCGCCUGCUGGAGCGGCUGCUCGGCAGCCGCGCCGCCACCAAGGCUCCCAGCAGCGACGCCGCCAGCGUUGGCCAGGCGGGCAUGUGCACCCGGCUGGCGGCCGCAGUGGCAGCGGCGGCGGCUGGCGUUGGUGGCGUUGCUGGUGCGCCUGCUCUGGAAGAGGAGGGGCUGCCAUAUGAAGACCCCCAGCCCAAGGCCUUUGUUGCAAAGCCAGAUAACAUCAUCGAUGUGUCUGACCUGCCCCCAGACCUCCCGAGGCGGGAGUUGCAGCAAUACAAGUUCAUUGACGACGAUUUUGAGCUGUGCGUCGUGUGCCAGCUGGAGGAGGCGGUACCGCUGGAGCAGGUGCGGGUGCUGUUUGGCGAGCGCCACCUGGAGAUGUGGGCGGUGGGGGCGGGCGCCGCCUACCACCUGCACCUGCCCCGGCUCUACGGCCGCCUCAUCCCCCAAAAGUGCCGUGCCAAAGUGAACCAGAAGGCACGCAAGGUGUACCUGCUGCUGCGCAAGGACAGCGACGCCGAGUGGUGCUUCCUCAAGGGCUGA